CAUUACACAAAACGUUUUGGCAUAAUUCAUACAAAAUUUCCACUGCAAAGCAAGCAUUUCUCAUUCUACCAACACCAGCCCCACAAAGUGAAGGAGUCUUAGCCUGCGCUCUAGUUGGUCUCAGUUUACAAGAAGUUAACGGCCAUCGGGUUUCGACUUUAAUAUUGUAUCACCAGUCUGCGAACGACACAACCCUAACACGUUGAACACGCGAACGCGUAAAAAAGCGUACAAUUUAAGAACAAGCGCAAUUACAGCUUGUAAUUAUUUUAAUUGUAGUAGGCGCAAGCAGGCCUAGUACAUAAAUACGUUAAGUUCAAAUUGAACAGCAAAAGCCCGAGUGCAAAAAAAAGUUUAAAAAAAUCUUUCUACUCGAGAACGUAGUAGCUUGUGGAACGUAAGAAGUCGGAAAAAACUAAAAAAGUAUAUAGACACAAAAGUGCAACACAAACACGAAAGCAAGAAAAUACACUUAUAUCAAACUUUUUAUUCGGAAAUUGCAAGUGUGCACAAAAUCAGAACAAUUGCAAAAAUUUUCCUAAACGGAAAGCAAGAAAAAACUAGCAACUGAUUGGAGGAUAAUAUGAGUAAUGCUAUUAACCAAAAUGGCACAGGUCUAGAGCAGCAAGUUGCUGGUCUGGACUUGAAUGGCGGCUCGGCUAACUAUAGCGGCCCCAUAACAAGCAAGACUUCCACUAAUUCCGUCACUGGUGGCGUUUAUGUGCCCCCGCAUCUUCGAGGUGUUGGUGGUAAUAACAACGCUGAUUUUGACAAUCAGGGCCAAGGUUUUGAUUCAGCUGCCGGACCUCGUCCCGACAGGGAUCAGCAGCAGCAGCAACGCGGCGGUGAUUAUCGUAGAGGCGAUCGCGGUGGUAAUCGCGGCUACAAUCGCCAGAGUGGUGAUUUCGGAAGUUUUGGAGGCGGUGGACGUCGCGGAGGCGGAAACCGUUACGAGGACAACUACAACGGUGAUUUUGAGUCACGCCGCGGCGGCGACUGGAAUCGCGGCGGUGGUGGACGCAACUAUGGUGACCGCCGAACCUCGUAUCGCGGGGGCGGCGGCGGAGGAGCUGGCGGUAACGGCGUCAGUGAUCAGCCGGAGGAGGCACAUCAGCCACGCAAUGAUCGCUGGCAGGAACCGGAGCCACGCUCUGGUGGCUUCGAAGGUGCCCCAGAGGGCGGUGCACCCGGCGGUGGUGGCAACAGAAGCUACAAUAAUCGCGGCGGCGGCAGCGGUGGUGGCUACAACAGUCGCUGGAAGGAAGGCGGAGGCGGCAACACCGACUACACAAAGCUGGGCGCACGCGACGAGCGCCUGGAGCAAGAACUCUUUGGUGUGGGCAACACGGGCAUCAAUUUUGACAAAUACGAGGAUAUACCCGUGGAGGCGACGGGCCAGAAUGUCCCGCCCCAUAUCACAUCGUUCGAUGACGUGCAGCUGACAGAGAUCAUUCGCAACAAUGUGAAUUUGGCACGUUAUGACAAACCAACUCCGGUGCAAAAGUACGCCAUACCGAUUAUAAUUAGCGGCCGUGACUUGAUGGCCUGCGCCCAGACCGGUUCCGGCAAAACGGCCGCCUUUCUGGUGCCCAUACUGAACCAGAUGUAUGAGCAUGGACUGUCGCAGCCGCCGCAAAACAAUCGGCAGUACAAUCGACGCAAGCAGUAUCCACUGGGCCUGGUGCUGGCGCCAACCCGUGAAUUGGCCACUCAAAUCUUUGAGGAGGCCAAAAAGUUUGCCUACCGCUCGCGCAUGCGUCCCGCUGUGCUCUACGGUGGUAACAACACCAGCGAGCAGAUGCGUGAGCUGGACCGUGGCUGCCACUUGAUUGUGGCCACACCCGGACGUCUCGAGGACAUGAUAACACGCGGCAAGGUCGGACUGGAGAACAUACGUUUCUUAGUGCUCGAUGAGGCUGAUCGCAUGUUGGACAUGGGCUUCGAGCCCCAAAUUCGCCGCAUUGUCGAGCAGAUGAAUAUGCCGCCGACAGGCCAGCGACAAACUCUUAUGUUCUCGGCCACAUUCCCCAAACAAAUUCAGGAGCUGGCCAGCGAUUUUCUUAGCAAUUAUAUUUUCUUGGCUGUGGGCCGUGUUGGUUCCACCUCUGAGAAUAUAACACAAACCUUAUUGUGGGUGUACGAUCAGGACAAGCGGUCCUAUUUGCUGGACUUGCUCUCGUCUAUACGUGAUGGUCCCGAGUACUCCAAGGACAAUCUAACGCUCAUUUUCGUUGAGACAAAGAAGGGCGCCGACUCGCUGGAGGAGUUCCUCUAUCAAUGCAAGCAUCCGGUGACAAGCAUUCAUGGCGAUCGCACGCAAAAGGAGCGUGAAGAGGCGCUGCGCUGUUUCCGUUCGGGAGAUUGUCCCAUUUUGGUGGCCACAGCUGUGGCGGCCCGUGGCCUCGACAUUCCGCAUGUGACGCAUGUGAUUAACUUUGAUCUGCCCUCUGAUGUGGAGGAGUAUGUGCAUCGCAUUGGCCGUACCGGUCGUAUGGGUAAUCUCGGUGUCGCCACCUCAUUUUUCAAUGAGAAGAAUCGCAACAUUUGCUCUGAUCUGCUGGAGCUGCUCAUUGAGACCAAGCAGGAGAUACCUGGUUUUCUGGAGGACAUGCUUAGCUCCGAUCGCGGACACAGCGGUGCGAAGCGUCGCGGAGGCGGUGGUGGCGGCGUUGGCUCCGGUAUGCCGUGCUCCUUCAAUAAUUGUAGAUGGCGUUCACGGAUUUUGCGCGCAUGCUCCGCCGACAGAUGAAAGAUUUUAUG